CUCCCAUCAGUCCGUGGGUUCAUUGACCUUCUGUGUUUUCUGAGCGUUGCUGUAAUGCAAGGGAGCUGUACGCUGACAGCCGAACAUGUCUUGGGUUUUCUGGAACUUUCUGUGUGUGUUUCUCAUGCACGGUGUGUCUUCAGACGUGUUUCUCCGCAGUCAUGAUGCCAGUCAGGUUCUGAUCCGUCGCCGACGUGCCAACAGUAUAUUUGAGGAGCUGAAGAAUGGAAACAUGGAGCGCGAGUGUGUGGAGGAGAGAUGCGAUUAUGAGGAGGCCAGAGAAAUCUUUGAGAACGUUGAGAAGACGAACGAGUUCUGGAAUGUUUAUGUCGAUGGAGACGCGUGUUUGUCUCAACCGUGUCUCAACGGUGGCGUGUGUAAAGAUGGGAUCGGUCUCUACACGUGUUACUGUGCCGCCGUGUUUAAAGGACAGAGUUGUGAGAUUGCGAUUCCCGAGCUGUGCGAGUCUGAGAACGGAGGUUGUGAUCAUUUCUGUUCAGUCAAGCAGAAAAACGUCGUCUGUUCUUGCGCGACAGGCUACACACUGGCAUCUAACGGGAAGUCGUGUCAGUCUGAUGAUCUGUUCAGAUGCGGCUAUGUGCAUCCCUCAAUGACCAGAAGCAUCUUCAUAUACGCGCCCAACAACACGGACACCGAAGAUCCUCAAGUCGUGACUGGAGAUUUCAGAAACGCCACCGGCAAUCAAACGAAUCUCUUCGGUCUGAAUGAAGAUGACCUCAUCGAGUACCCUGUGGAGGAGGAGCCUAUUUUACCAGAAGCAUCUGGACACACGAGGAUUGUGAACGGAGCGGACUGUCCACCGGGAGAAUGUCCGUGGCAGGCUCUUCUCAUCAACAAGAACAACAUCGGCUACUGUGGCGGAACGAUCUUAAAUGAGUUCUUCAUCCUCUCCGCCGCUCACUGCAUGAAUCAAUCGCUCUCCACGCGAGUGGUCGUAGGUGAAUUCGACACGCUGGUGGAUGAGGCUCAUGAAGCGAUUCAUGACAUAGACCAAAUCAUGAUUCACUCGAACUACGUUCCCGAAACGUACCACAACGACAUCGCCCUCAUUAAACUCAACGAGCCAAUCAAGUUCAGCAAAUACAUCAUCCCCGCGUGUCUGCCGCAGCACAACUUCGCCGAGCGCGUGUUAAUGCGUCAGGACGAGGGCAUGGUCAGCGGCUUCGGUCGCGUGAGGGAAGGCGGCCUUCCGUCCACCAUUCUGCAGAAGCUGAACGUGCCGUACGUGGACCGCGCCACGUGCAUCGAAUCCAGCAUGUUUAAAAUCAGCCCGCGCAUGUUCUGCGCCGGAUACGAUCAGGAGGCCAAAGACGCCUGUCAGGGCGACAGCGGCGGGCCGCACGUCACCCGUUACAAAGACACGUGGUUCAUCACGGGCGUGGUGAGCUGGGGCGAGGGAUGCGCGAGGAAGGGCAAAUACGGCGUCUACACGCAAGUGUCCAAAUACAUCAAAUGGAUCCAAAAUGCCAUGAGUAAAUUCAUGCCACAGACGGAAACUUCAGUCAAAGCCAAGAGAGAGAUGUCGAGAAACACGCGUGUCACCAGAUAUGUGUAGUCAGAAGUUUGUCUUUCAUUAAAUGCCGAUUCACAUUCUUUUCUUGUUAUAAUUCAAUAUUGGGUUUCAUUAGAAUGUGUGAACAUCUGCCGUUUUGAUUGUUUAGAACAUCAACAUGUUACAGAUGUUAUGUAACAUCUAUAGUUACAUUUACUUGUUACAGUGCACUUAAAAAGUCAAAUGUAUGUCCUGACAAGAAAU